CCCCUGCGUGCGGCAUCUCCCGGCGCCGGAAGCGCCGCCAUGAGGGGCCGGUGGCUGCGCGCCUGGCGGGAGGGCGUGAAGGCGGUGCGGGGGGCGGCGGCGGGGGCGCCGCCAUGGCGGGUCCUGUUCUUCGGCACUGACCGCUUCGCCGUCACCGCGCUGCGGGCCCUGCAGGCAGCCAGGGAGCCCAGCGAGGACUCGCUCGUGUCCAGGCUGGAGGUGGUGACCCUGCCCUCGCGCCUGCCCAUGGACCUGCCUGUGAGGAGCUGUGCCCGGGAGCUCCAGCUGCCUGUUCACGAGUGGCCCCACACGGGACCUGCGGGGCAGUUUGAUGUGGGUGUGGUGGCAUCAUUUGGUCGUCUCCUGAGCGAGGACCUUAUUCUGCAGUUCCCAUAUGGCGUGCUGAACGUCCAUCCCAGCUGCCUCCCACGAUGGCGUGGUCCUGCACCCAUAAUCCACACAGUGCUUCAUGGUGAUAAAGUGACUGGGGUCACAAUUAUGGAAAUAAGACCAAAAAGGUUUGAUGUAGGUCCAAUUAUUAAGCAAGAAGAGUUUGCUGUUCCUCCACGCUGUACUGCAAAGGAGCUGGAAGUGAUACUGUCAAAGAUGGGUGCGAACAUGCUGAUAUCAGUUCUGAGAAACUUGCCUGAAAGUUUAAAAAAUAAAAAAGAACAACCAGAAGAAGGUGUAACAUUUGCUCCUAAAAUAUCUGUAGCUAAGAGCUGUAUAAGAUGGGAAGAGCAAACAGCUGCACAAAUAAUUCAGCUGCAUCGUGCAAUAGGAAGCAUGUUCCCUUUGCAGACGCUCUGGAAGGGUACUACGGUUAAACUUCUGGAUUUUGUGGAAGUGGAUGAUAUCCCUGGUUUUGCUGAUCAAAUAUUAAAUGACUGUGGAGCUGUUCCUGGUUCGCUCUUAUACCAUAAAUCAUCCCAAACACUGAUAGCUCGUUGCAAGGAAGGCUGGGUUGGAAUCAAAGCAGUCAUAUUAAAGAAGAAGCUUACAGCAGUUGAUUUCUACAAUGGAUAUAUGCACUCUUGGUUCCAGCAGAAGUCAAGAGCAGUUCAUGAGGAAUGCAGAUUUCAAACGCUCAAACUUAGCACGGCAAAAAAGACUCUGAAAGAGAGGGAAAUGUUGUCACAGAAUAUAAAGCAAUAAUGUAUUUUAAAAUGUGGAAGAUGAUGUCUAAUGUAGUACUGUGAGGAUAACAGCAAAACAAAGACUGGCCACAUCCUGGGAGCUGCUCAAGUGGUGGUUGCUCACUUUUUCCUGCUUUUUCUGAAUACUACUGAGGUUUUCCAGAACACACAAUCCUCCAAGAAAUCCAAGCUUAUGAAUCAGAGUCAAAACCUGGAAACAACAACAAGGUGGAAGUUGGGCCCCUGUGGAGAAUUCCGUUUGUCUCUGACUGCACACUCAAGGGUGGAGUUUGUGCUGCAGAAGUUAUAAACCUGGCAAGUUUGUUUCCAAGCAAAUGAUGUAUUUUUGUGGUUUGCUCCCACCUACCACUUGCAUGUAAAAGGUGUGGAGUCAUUUUGCUUUCACUCUGUUCAUAUGAAAGGUUAGUUACCACCUUAUGCCAAUAGAAGGGAUGGUGGGUGGGUGGGUUUUGUGUGUGUGUGUGUGAUGGAUUUGGGGAUUUUCUAGGUUUUGUACAUCACUGGCUCGGCUGUAUGGCUGCUUGCCUUGUGUUUUACCCACUGAAGCUUCUGGGAAUCUUUCAUCAGUUAUUUUUAAAGAGCUCUCAUAGGCAUCACUGGGAUUCAAAUAUUCAAUGUUCGCUGAGGGUAAGAACAUCUCUACAGCCCCUUCCCCAUAGAUAGUGAGGUUUUUGAUACUAAUCAGCUGCAUGGUGGGGGUUUGUCCUCAGGCUAAUCCAACUCAGAAGAUGGAUUAGCAGAAUAAUGAAUACAUAAACCCCAACAAACCACCCACCACAACAAUUUAUAGAUAAUUUUAAGCACAAAUGAUAAAGAAUUUUGGACUUAGGAGAAGUGAAGUAUUUUAAUUAUCUGUUAUCAUGGGUGGACCCAACUUUUCUGAUGUCCAGGUCCCCAGGCACUGGAAAAUGAAUUCUGGUUUGUUAUGACCAGAGUAAAAUGAUCAGUGAGAUAUGACUCCUACCGAAAACAUACAGUAUUGAAAGUUCAGGCAAUUUAAGGUUAAAAGUUUUUAGAUGACCAAACCAUUAAAUUAACCUUUUAGUUCCAAAGAAUGACUUGAGGAAAAUUCCUUGAGAGUUCUUUAACUCUUUGCUUUUUUGAGUCUCCUCUGCUAUCAUAAGGGUGACAGCAAAGAAGAGCUUUGUCUCUAUCCUUUGCACAUCCAAAACGGCACGGAGCAAAGCAGCAUUACUACUGGCUGUCAUUAAUGCUCCUAGUUGGAAUAUCAGCUUCCAGCCAGCAGUGUCUGCAUGUUAGCAUGGGAGGGAACAUGUAGGGCAAUCUGUACACCUCUCACUGACAGUUUUACGUUGUGCCUUGUGUGAGAUCUGUUGCUGUUAGUCAUUGCUGGCAGGUGGUAAUUUCGGCUCUAACUAAAGCAUAAAGCAACAGGGGAGAGUUUCCCUGUGUCUUUGGCGGAGUUUGAGGUGGGAUGUGCUCAGAACCCCUGUAGAUGGUGCUCACUGCAUCUUUUUCAGGGGAAAACCAAGGUCAGCUGGACAGAACAUUGAGACAAUCUGGUACAGAAUGUCUUCAGUUAGUUGUUUAAUACCAGGUAAUGUCUAAACCAUAUUGUAGCCAGGAUACCUAUACUUGUAACUUAAUCUUUUGAUCUGUGCAAUUUCCUUUAAGGCUUCUCAGAAUUGCUUUCUAUGCAAGAAGUUAUGGAAGAUUAAACAGUUCUUGCUUAACAGUUCAUGUCCUAGCUCUGAAUAUGCGCAACUUCACCCCAGUUGUUUUGUGGAGGAAAAAAGGGUAAGAUUAAUUUAUUUUUUCAUGGAGGAAAUCUUUGGCAUGCUAUUUUUGGCAUGGUAGAGGAGCUUUAAAAGGAAUUGGAGUUCCCCAGGCAGCUGUUAGCCAAAAUGUCUCUUUGGAAACUUUGCUCUCACCUAGCUCUGUAGGGAUUUAACUCAGUAGGUAAUGAAAAUCUGAUUAUUUUUGCAGAACAGACAAAACAAAAAUGGGGCAUUCACUGAUGAGGUGUGGAAUAGCAUGUCAGGGUUGACUCCAGAACAUAGACAUGGUGAUUCAAUCCUCAGUACCACUGCUGAGGUCAAGUACAGCCGCCUUAGCAAUUGGAAAGUGAUACUACCAAAAUAAAGCAGUUCUCCUUUCGCCAUAAGAGGGAAAAUAGCAGAGGUAUUCAUAGACCCAGCAUCCACUAUGGCUCAGUUUAUGAUCACUGAAGCCAAAUUACUGGUGGAACUGCAAAACAUUUGGGCACCAGAAGGGUUCUGGUGUUGGGUAGAGAUGACUUCAUCUUGGAUUUCAAAUAAAUGUUGAAGUGGUAUUUCUUAGGAUGCUGAUGACUCGCCGUUAGAUGCAUCUGUUUCAUGAUCUGAAACCUGACUGCUCCCCCUGCUUCCUAGGAAACCUUUAUUCCUGAUAUCUGCUGAAUAAAUUACAAAUAAAAAGUGUAAGUGACUCAUUACUGGAGGCUUUUAAAAAGUUGGUUGCAAAAUCCCUGAAUAAUUUGAAGGUUGAGUCUAGUCCUUUUGUUUAUCCUAACUCCUGACAGCCUGAUAGCUUCUGGGAAGCAAUUUUUUCCCUUUCUUAAAAGCAGGAGGAGAGAUAGGUCACCAGAUUUACCCAAGGGUUGGAAACUAAGUGACCUUAAUGGAAGAUGCUUUGCCAUUAGCCGCAAACCUGCCGACGUUUAGGAGCCAGGUCUCCUGCUUCAGCCUGUUUCUCAAGGUUGGUGGUCUAAAGGCUAAGGCCAAGGGAGGAGGUGAGUGGAAGCCUUCCUGCAUUCCUCCAGCUGAUGCUUUCCUUUGAUAUGUGGGAGUGUGGGUUAGGUUUCAGGUUGCAGAAAGGACAUUGCUGUCCACUGACCAUAAACACAAGCUGGGCAAGUCAGAACUGACAUUGAACUAUAGCAUAAAACUCAUGUGAGUGGUGGGUGCCAGGACCUGCUGUAGCUUUUCUCCUGUCCAGACUUUCUUAAUGUACUUGGUGCAGUGGUUCAUCAGUAAUGACAAAGUGUUAGCACUGAGUGGUGGUUGUUGGGCUAAGGUUGUUUUCUGUUGAUAGUGUUUAAGCACCCAUGUUUGAAAGCUCUUUGUCUUGCUCUGUAUCUAGUGUGCUCUGCCAGCAGCCUACUCUUCAAUACUCAGGGAGUCGGAGAGUGUAGAGUUAGUUUGUUCCUUCAAGUCAGAAUUAAGCUGCAGUGGGGGACAGUUUGGGGAAACUUGGAGAGCUUCUUGCUGUUUCAGGCUGUAGGGCUGUGACCAUUUCAUUGCUGUUAAACAGACAUUUCUCCCCAAAAGAAAGAGCCCUAUGAUCUGCUGUGUUUGACUCUGGUGAGCCCACAUGCACCAAAGGGCUCAGAUCCUAAGCCUGCUUCCACCCAUGUAUCUCCUGGGUUGGUCUGUAGAAGUCAUUUGUGUUACUUCACCCUCAAAGUGAUGAAACUAAGUUUGGGAUUUGGCUGUCUGCCUGCAGAGGAGGAGGAGAGCAGAGGGAAGAGACAUUUCUCUGCGAGUCUGCAGUGCAAGCCAAGAGCUCUGUGGGAAGGUCCAAGCUGAUGCUCCCCACUGGCUGCCUUGGCUCCAGCUCACGCCAAGCCCUUGCAGCAGACUAGACACAAAAGAAAACACACAGUCUAAAUUCAUUGGUAUGAAGAGCAUGUGCCAGAGUAUUCCACAGCUCUUCCUUUUCUGCUUCUUUUUGAUAACUGUCAAUUUGCGUAAAAACAUGGAUUAUUAAGGUGGGCUUUUUAACCUUUUUAAGCAUUAUUCCAGCUGCAUAGCUAUUCAGUCCUGCACAGCUCUGCCUUUAAUGCAUGGGAUGCCCCGUGUCAGACCUGAGAACCUGUUCUGAGGCUUGCUAAAUGCUAUUGAAAGAUUCCUCACACCCUUGAUGGGCUUGUAGGUAAGACAGCAUAGACCUAGAACUGGCUUCAAACCUAUAGGAGGGCGUUGGGUAGGAGAGGGAAAUUCAAGCUGGAGCAUGUGUUUGAAUUCCAGUUCUCAUGUAGUAGCACUGCCCACCUUUCAGUGAUCUCUCUCUGUGGAAAUUUCAGUGUUAGAG